AUGGAAUUUCGCAGCAUUUUUUCUCCUUCCACUUCAAGGGAUGCAAACAUACGUAGGAAAAGAACAGCUCCAUUGAAAUCAUCGCGUCACGACGUGUUGGAGUCUGAGAGCGUUCACUGUGUUGCUGCGGGGCACUUUCUAAGCAGACCUACAAGGAUUUCAUGUUGGGCUGACGAAGCUGCCAAUGCUUAUGUUUCGGAAGUUGCAAGGAAGUACACAGCAAGAAUGCGACGCAUUAAGGAGCGAUCAGAAGAGCCGAGUUUUCAGUCCGAGUCAAGCUCUCUUGCUCAGAUAGAGCAAAGAUUGAGUUGUCUUGUUGGCGAAUGUGAUGUAAGUAGGAUGACGUGCUGCGUUCCUAUGUGUGGACGUGUAUUUCAUUCUGUUCCAGUGUUAGCAUGGCAUAUGUCCUAUUCACAUCACGACCUGGCAGUUAACUCAGCAUAUGGCACGCUUUGUUUUGUCUGUGGUGUUCGAAUGGAUAGCGUAAAGGGAAAGGUAAUUCACUUGGUCAGUAAGCACAAAGACCUCUGCUCAUCCCACAACGAGCAGUGCUUGCAUCAACGAUUACCCGUCAUAUCUCCAUUAGCGCCCGCAGCCAUGAGAUUAGCUCAGUAUUCUGGUGGCGAGGAAGAGGACGACGAAUCAAAUACAUAUGAAGAAGUUGCUUUUGAUGACUUUUCGGCAAACAGCAGUAUUGCGGUAGAACUUAGCGGCGAGAAAGUUGGUUAUGAUUAG